AUGCAGCAGAACUCGAGCGCCGACCCCGAUCAGCGGAGCGGUAAGCGCAAAUCGAGCGGCAAGAGGAAGCUUCCCGAUCAAGGAGAGCCAUCACAACCGCACUCGCAACGGACCAUCUCGGAGCUUCUCUCCUCGAAUCCCUCGCGCAACAACCUUUCACAGAACCCCUCUCCUCCCUCGAAACGGUCUCGCUUCUCUGUUUCACCUUCGCGCUCCGCGUCGGGUCAUCCGGUGCUAUCAGACAAGAUGUAUAACUUCUCUGGUUCCCCGCCCGAGAACGGUGCAGCUUUUGUGCGCACCUUGACAGGAUCGAAUUCGAAUACUCCAUUAGCAAAGGCACAGCCAUUCAGUGCAAAUGCUCGCCAGAACAACUUCAGCCCUCAUGCGGGAGCAAAGAAGCUUGUCGUCAAGAACCUCCGUACCGGACCGCGGAUGAACCAAGAGCCAUACUUCGACAAGACCUGGGCACAACUGGACGCUGCUCUAUCAGCAAUCUUCGAUGGUCAAAAGCCAGAAAUCUCGUUGGAAGAGCUGUACAAAGGUGCCGAGAACAUCUGUCGUCAAGAGCGGGCCGCCCUGCUUGCCAAGAAGGUACAGGAAAGGUGCAAGGACUAUGUAGCUGGGAAGCUACGGGACAACCUGGUAACAAGGGCUGGAGGUGGAACCGAUGUCGAUACAUUGCGGGCAGUGAUCGAGGCCUGGUCGGUUUGGCACUCGAGAUUAAUUACUGUUCGCUGGAUCUUCUACUAUCUCGACCAGUCAUUCCUCUUGCACUCCAAGGAUUUCCCCGUGAUCCAGGAAAUGGGACUGAUCCAGUUUCGCGCAUAUGUAUUCGCCGAUCAGAGUCUAAAGCCCAAGAUAUUACGAGGUGCCUGCGAUCUCAUCGCUGCCGACCGUGGUGCCGAGACCAGCAUCAUCCCUGAUGCAACAUUACUUCGGGAUGCUAUUGAGCUCUUCCACAGCCUUGAUGUCUACAGCAAUGACUUUGAGCCGCUGUUCAUUGACGACUCAUGCCGCUUCGUUGAGUCAUGGGCGCAAAGGGAAUCCACCGGGGAUCUGGCUUCAUACGUCGAGAACAGUCAGCAUCUGAUCGACCGUGAAGUCGAACGAUGUGGUCUAUUCUCACUAAAUCGAAGUACAAAACAAAAGCUGUCUGAGUUGCUGGAUGAGAUACUGGUCACAAAACACGAAGCAGUUCUCCUCAGUGAGAAUGACGUGCUCGGUCUGAUGCGAUCGGGCAAAAAGACCGCCUUGAAACAGCUGUACAGUCUUCUCAACCGGCGAAAUCUGGCAAGCAAACUGAAGUCUGCAUUCGGUCAUUUCAUUGUCGAGGAGGGUUCGAACAUUGUAUUCGACGAGAAGAAUGAGCCGGACAUGGUUGUGCAUCUACUGCAGUUUAAGAAACAGCUCGAUGAUACCCUUACCGAGUCAUUCGAUCGGAAUGAAGGUCUCGGUCAUACUCUGCGCGAGGCAUUCGGCCAGUUCAUGAACCUUAGCAAGAGGGGGGAAUCCACUGCUGGCACCGACAAUCCCAAGACCGGAGAGAUGAUCGCCAAUCAACAAGAGGGCGCAAUGGCGGAUGAGGAUGCCGAGAUCAACCGCCAGCUCGACCAGGUCCUGGACCUAUUCCGGUUUGUACAAGGCAAGGCCGUAUUUGAAGCCUUUUACAAGAACGACCUUGCUAGGCGUCUAUUGAUGGGCCGAAGUGCAAGCGACGACGCUGAGAAGAGUAUGCUGGGUCGUCUGAAGAAAGAAUGUGGAUCAAGCUUUACACAUAAUCUCGAGACUAUGUUCAAGGAUAUGGAAGUGGCGCGCGAUGAGAUGACGGCGUACACUGCUUUCAACCGAGAGCGUGGUCGCAAGGACCGCCUGCCGAUUGACCUCAGUGUCAAUGUGCUCUCCGCUGCCGCGUGGCCGACAUAUGCUGACGUUCCUGUCCGGAUCCCAUCGAUCAUCGCAACAUCGAUCAAUGACUUCCAAGAGUUCUAUUGUAACAAACACACCGGUCGCCGGCUCAACUGGAAGCACCAGCUCGCACACUGCCAAUUGCGUGCCAAGUUCCCCAAGGGUUCCAAGGAACUGGUAGUCAGCUCGUUCCAGGCAAUCGUGCUGCUUCUCUUCAACGACAUCGGCGAGGAUGAAACAUUGCGCUACUCGGAAAUCCAGGCUGCGACGGGACUUUCGGAUCCUGAACUGCAGCGAACCUUGCAGUCACUCGCUUGCGCCAAAUACCGGGUCUUGACCAAAACGCCAAAGGGUAAAGAGGUAGAAACGACCGACGACUUCUCCUACAAUGCCAGCUUCACCGAUGCCAAGAUGCGCAUCAAGAUCAACCAAAUCCAGCUGAAAGAGACCAAGGAGGAGAACAAGACGACCCACGAACGUGUUGCGGCCGACCGGCACUACGAGACUCAGGCGGCGAUUGUGCGCAUCAUGAAGAGUCGCAAGACCAUCAAGCAUGCCGAGCUCAUUGCAGAGGUGAUUGAGGCCACUCGUCACCGCGGCACCCUCCAGCCCGCCGAGAUCAAGACGAACAUUGAGAAAUUAAUCGAAAAGGACUACAUGGAGCGAGCCGAGAACAACCAAUACAGAUACGUGGCAUAG